CAAUUUACUUUGUUAGUAAAUUAAUUUGUUUGGUCGACGGCCACUGGGUACUGCAUCUACAACCUAGCUAGCUGUAGUGAUGAGUCAUGGCUGAUCGACGAGCCCCGCUUCUUUUAGUGCAGUGUGGUACCACCAGCUAGGUAGUACUUGCAUUUGCAUAUAGCUCUACCAUGCAAAGUGGCCUCAUAUUCCACCAGAUUCCUGCUGGUACUCCUCAUAGUACGCACCUAGUGUUGAGUCUGCAACUAUAUUCCUGCUUGAUACGUGUACCUCUGAAACUCAUAGUACAUCAUCGAUCGUUCCAGUCGAGUUGUGUCUGAAAUUCGUCCCCACAAGACUGUACGCAGAUGCCUGUAGUUCAGUCCUCUAGUCCACCACAAAAUUGACAACAGACCCAAUCUUCUCUCUCUAACCGUAGUGUUGGUACGCGUCCGGUACCACUAGGCCGGCGCAGAAAAAUGAUGGAGAACACACGGAGAGAGAGGUGGAGGAGAGGCUAAUCCUGAAGUGCACUCAAAGAUACAUGCUGGCUUUUGCAUUCAUGCCCCUAAAAGCUUCACUCUCACAGCUGCUACACCCAGCGUGCACUGCAGGUCCUGUUCAUCCCGCCUUCUAUCUUCUUCCAUUCACACUUUCUGCAAGCUAGCUAGAGUACCGGCCCACAUUCCAUGCCAUCAAGUGCUUGCAAUCGGCCUAGAUUAGAAUUGUACUUUGCCCUUAGAAAAUGGAUCCAGGACAUGAUUGCAGUGCACUUAUAGUAGAUAGAUAGACAGAUUUGGUGUCGGCUAUAUAGACUGCUAGAGCUAGCCGGAUUACAAUAUAAAUAGCAGUUCAUAUGAGCGUGCGCAUAUACAUACAUGUGCUCUGCUCUGCUUGCUGUCAAGAGUCUGUGCUCAUCUCUAGCUAUCUAUAAAGAUCCUUUUCACCUUCUUUGGUCCACACGCAUACAACAUAUAUACACGAUCGGUCGAUCGGUGGACCAGCUAGUACCAUUGUUUCCCCUCUGUGAAGAUCAGCUGUGGCCUCCACACAUGCAUCUACUAGUAGUAAGUUGAAAAGGUUGUGCUCUUGAUUUCAUUUCAGAAGACAUCGAGCUAGCUUGCUACCAGGCAGAAAGGUAGAUGCUAGCAAUGGAGCAUCAGCAGGAGGAGUCGUGUGUUCCCCCGGGGUUCAGGUUCCACCCCACAGAGGAGGAGCUGGUGGGGUACUACCUGGCCAGGAAGGUGGCCGCCCAAACGAUUGACCUCGACAUCAUCCAGGAGGUCGAUCUCUACCGGAUCGAGCCAUGGGACCUCCAAGACAGGUGCGUCGGCGGUAAGGGAGGACGGGGAGCGCGUCAGGUAGCGGAGGACGAGCAGUCAUCGUCGGAGUUGUACUUCUUCAGCUUCAAGGACCGCAAGUAUCCGAGCGGCACGCGCACCAACCGCGCCACGGCGGCCGGGUUCUGGAAAGCCACCGGCAGGGACAAGCCGGUGACGUCGUCCAGGAGCCGGGGCGUCAUCGGCAUGAGGAAGACGCUCGUCUUCUAUCGGGGCCGCGCCCCCAAUGGUAGGAAGACCGAUUGGAUCAUCCACGAGUAUCGCCUCCAGACAAGCGAGCACGCACCCACACAGGAGGAAGGCUGGGUGGUGUGCCGGGCGUUCCAGAAGCCCACCCCGAACCAGAGGCCGUCCUACAUCUUCCCUGCAUACGCCGACGCGCGGCCGUGGCUGCACAUCCAAGGCGGCGGUGACCUCCAUUACCUGCAGAGCGGCACUGGCGCUGCCGGGGCCGGCGGCCUCGGCUUCCCGAGCCAGGACGUCAAUUACUCCUCCGAGGACCUGCUGGACUCCAAGCAGAGUCUCUUCGGCAAUAUCCCGCAGCUCAUCGAGAGCCCGCCGGCGACUGCCCUUCUAGGCUGCGGCGACGAUGCCGUCCUCCAGCAGCAGGGACAGGGACAGGCGGCGGCCGGCAUCGACUGGAACUUCCUGGACAGCUUGCUGUCCACGUCACAGCUCCACGUCACAGCGUCACAUCUGCACCUAGAGCAGUGAAGUAGAUCCAGUUAGCUGACAUACCGUAGCAGCAUCGAUUUCAUUGUAUACAUGAUUUCGUAGUAGAUGAUGUCCGGGACACUUGGUUGCCACUUGUACCUAGCUAGACUAGUCUGUUCCACUUACUGAACCCAUGUGUUUUCCUGUGGACUACUCUGUUCCACUUACUGAAUCUAUGUGCUUUACUGUAGA